CUUGACAACAGUCGUGUUAUGUGAAGGGAAACAACUUUCCGAGUCACGCGAACCGCUUGCUCCGCACGGUAGUUGUUGUCUUUUUCCUUGUUACUUGCAAGAAAAUCCAGAGAACCUUGUCGAAACGCACAGAACCAUGGAGUCAGAAGGUCUGCAUCUCAAUAUUGACUACGUCGGAUCUUGUGGGAUUCUGCUGAGUCCCGAGCAAAAAUCAUCGCUUCAAAAUUCGCUUGUGAUUCUUCAAAAUCAUUACAAAUUCAACAGGGUAUUUUUCUGGGGGCAAAUUAAAGGCAUCAAGGGAGACUACUUCAUUGCUCAAGGAACUGGAAAUGAUGAGUUAGCUGACAGAAAAACUUUGUAUAGCUUGGACUGUGUGACAUGGGGACUCCUUCCACAAGCCACCCAAGCCAUCAGGGAGCAGUGCUCUGUGGUGAAAGGCAGGUUCAUUGGUGAUCCCUCCCACGAGUACGAACAUGUUGAGAUCAAGAGAAUUGGUGAGGGGGAGGAUGCGACUGAAGAAGAAAACACAAUUAUGAUCAAAGAGGAGGACCGCCUCGCGUCCGUCAUUGCUCACAUAGAUGAAGAAGUUGCCAUUGUACCCAGGGGAGCCUACGUCAAGACACCGCAUGGUACUGUGCUCAAAAACCGCAGUUUCGAAGGCUUGUCUGUGACUGAAUCUGGAAAGCUGCACAACUACUUCCACUUCCGUGACCCCAUCCGGCUGAGUGAGAAGAGCCUGUUGGAGAAGGCUGACUUAGAGAAAUCCAUUGACUUCCUGGAUCCUAUCCACGAGGAUAUACCAAGAGGGUCCUGGAGUUUGAAGUUUGAACGAGGCAGUGGACUGGUGUCCAUCCAGAGCGCUCUGUGGCCAGGCUUGGCAUUCUUCCAUGUCCCCCACACCCCAAAGUUUGGCUACGUCUACUUCGGGACUGGAGAGAAGAACAAAGAUCUGCCAUUCAUGUUGUGAGAAGAGAGCGGGAGCUAUGUGUAAAUGAUGUAUAGAUUUCUUUAAACUCUUUACAAACUCUGGUAGAGUUUCUUUGGAUUUAUCAUUGGAAGAAUUGCUACCUGGUACAUGUAGUUUACUGUGGUCUGGUCCAAAGCAGUAACAGUGCAUUGUGGCUUUGACUUAUAUACUGGAACAUCUCUAAGGCCAUGUACAUGUACACUGUCCGUUUGGCUUUUCUUGGAAUAUUCAGACACAGAUGUAUCAAAAGUAACUUUCUUGUACAUAAUAGUUUAAAUGUUGACAACUGGCAUCCCAUUUGAAAGUUGUGCAGGCUUGGAAAGGAAUAUUUCCCGUCUUUCAAAACACAAUUUUGAAUGUAAAUGUAUACUUGACCAAUUUUAAGGGAAUUUUCCAAAUAUUAUAAAGUACUUACAUUAUUUGAAAACUAUUUCUUGCUGCACCGUUUAAAGAUGAUAUCAACCAUCUUUUUCGUAAUUCUUAAAUUUACUUUUUGGUCAAAAUGUCUGCGAGGUUUAAUCUUGGGGUAUUGUAGCAGGCCCUUGUCACAAAUAGUUCCGUCCAUUUUAGACUGAAUAUCGGGCCCUAGUUGACAUCAAAGAUUAAGGCAUGUGGUUUAGAAAAAUCUUUUCCCUGGUUUUUGUCUGCAAAGACUGGUCUUAACAUAUGUAAAAUUUGUAUUGUUGAGAAUGCAAUUGCUUGGAUAAGUUUGCUUUAAAUAAAUAAAAACAAAUACUUGGCCAGAAGUGUCACAUUAA